AUGUGAGUGGUCCUAUACGUGCUCCUGCUCGGACUAUCUUUGCUCUGUGUUUUACUCCUUUGAGUCUACUUCAGUUUUGCGAAAAUGUUUGUAAAAAGAUUUGUCAAACCUUGUCUUUUGGGGCUGAGAAAUGUUUCGGGGCGAGAGAAGAUACUCUCGGCGGCUGCUGCAAGACUGCAGCACAGCCAGGCCGAGCAGCAUCCAGCCCCCUCGCUCCGGCCGGAGACCUCCAGCGCCAAGAACCUGAUGGACAUCGGGACCCGCCGGAUCUUCAACGAGGACCACGACCUCUUCAGGCAAAACGUACGCCGCUUCUUUCAGGAGGAGGUGGUCCCCCACCAUAAAGAGUGGGAGAAGGCGGGUCAGGUGAGCAGGGAAUUGUGGGAGAAGGCUGGUGAGCAAGGCCUGCUGGGAGUAAAUAUAUCAGAGGAGCACGGCGGCAUCGGAGGAGACCUGUAUUCUACUGCGAUCACAUGGGAGGAGCAAAUGUAUUGCAACUGCACAGGCCCUGGCUUCAGCCUGCACUCCGACAUCGUCAUGCCCUACCUCGUCAACUAUGGCACCAAGGAGCAGAUCGAGCGCUUCAUUCCCAACAUGACUGCCGGGAAAUGCAUCGGCGCGAUUGGAAUGACGGAGCCGGGAGCAGGCAGUGACCUACAGGGCGUGAGGACAUACGCCAAGAAGGAUGGCAGCGACUGGAUCCUCAACGGCAACAAGGUGUUCAUCACAAACGGCUGGAUGGCGGACCUGGUGGUGGUGGUGACGGUGACCAACCGCGAGGCCAAGACGGCGGCACACGGCAUCAGCCUGUUCCUGGUGGAGGACGGCAUGAAGGGCUUCCAGAAAGGACGCAAGUUGGACAAGAUUGGUCUGAAGGCCCAGGACACGGCCGAGCUGUUUUUUGAAGACGUGCGUCUCCCAGCUAGCGCCCUGCUGGGGGAACUCAACAAAGGCUUCUACUACCUCAUGAAGGAACUGCCGCAGGAGCGCCUUCUGAUCGGCGACAUGGCCAUAUCGAGCUGCGAGUUCAUGUUUGAGGAAACCAGGAACUACGUGUUGCAGCGCAAAGCCUUCGGCAAGACGAUCGCUCACCUGCAGACCGUGCAGCACAAGCUGGCAGAGCUGAAGACGGAGAUCUGCGUGGGCCGAACCUUCCUGGACCACUGCCUCCAGCUCCACGCUGAGAAACGUCUCGAUCAGGCCACGGCCUCCAUGGCGAAGUUUUGGGCGUCCGACCUCCAGAACAAAGUGGCCACCCAGUGCCUGCAGCUCCACGGAGGCUGGGGCUACAUGUGGGAAUACCCCAUCGCCAAGGCGUUUGUGGACUCCCGGGUUCAGCCCAUCUACGGCGGCACCAACGAGAUCAUGAAGGAGCUUAUCGCACGCGGCAUUGUUAGCCAGAAGUGAGACAUGCAGAAGAUAAAUGCAUAUAUAUGUUUUCAUGCAGGGUCUUUACAUUUCUUGAUUAACUUUCAUAACAUACGUUCUAUUUUUUCGUGGUGGAGGAGCACUGGGUAGAGAGACAGGCAAUUUGCAUAGACCCUUUGAACAAAGCUUUGAAAUAGUGCGGGAAGCUUUUAUGAAUCAGGAUAAAACACUUUUUUUCCCUUCUUUUAAGCUUUCUUCUUUAACAACUUUGCAGCGCCAGCACCAUUAGGAAGUAUGAUGGUUAGCUAACAUGAGCAAACUAGCCGAUUCUCCACAAAGCCUUGAUCAAAAAUAAAAUAAUGAUUAUAAUUAUUUUUAUAUUAUGCCUCCCAAUCCUUGCUGGUGUUUAUAUAUACUGAAGCUAACACAUUAGACGCGAAAGGGACUGUUAUUGGAUCUGUGUGUGUUGAAAUUGUGCGCUAAAUAAAUAUUUAAUACGUUU